CCACACUGAGCCUGCAGAGAAGCUAAAAUGAGGCUGUGGCUGCUGAGUUUAGUGGCAGGGAUCAUCCUGGGGGUGGCCGGGACCCCCCUGGGAAAAGCCUCAACAGGAAGAGAACGAGCAAAGGAGGAAAAGACAGCAUCGAAUGACGAUGAUAUCCCUAAAACUUCACUCAGUUGUAUUGGUAGCUGCACUAAAUCUCAGAUACACCAUUUGGAUAGUUCUGAGAAAGAAAAAGGAGAAGGAAAAGAACAAACAGAGCCUGAUCCCUACAAAGAGUCCCCAGGUACCCUGGACCUUCAAAGGACCAUCCUCCUCCAGCUGCUUAACCAGACAACAUCUAUGAACAGGAGCUCACAAAUGGAUUUUAUCCUUCGAAAUCUAAAUGGCAGCAGCAUCAGAGAUCUCUGUGAGGGCUGCUGUGAGGAGAGAGAGAAAGAGGAACUAUACCUAAGCAGGCAACCAAGGAAGACACUGAAGUCUCCCAGGAAGAGAAGACCUGGCCAGUGGACAAUCCUUGGGAGUUUGCCUCUCCCAAUUGGAAACAGUUCCAUCAAUAUGGUGAUGAUGUUUCAUAAUGACACUCAUAUUGACUAUCAAGCUAAGAAAGUCACACACCAGGCUGAGAACCUCAGAGAAGGGUGGUGCUCUGGCUGCUGUGAAGACAAUGGAACCCUGGGGGCCCUUGAGAGAAGAGAGGGAGAAGAAGUCAAAGAAGUGCCUCCUAUUAGCACUGAUCAUGGUGGUCAGGUCCUAGGGAACUCUGGUUCCACAGAGAAGAGAUUGGCUCACCUUUCUGAAGUUUCCCAUGAAGCUAGAGGGCAGUUUGAUCUCGGACUUAGUAAAUACCCUACAGAAACCUUUCCUGUCUUCCCCACAAGCUAAACCAUGCUCUAGUCUACCUUGAAUAAGACCUAGUGCAAUGCCCAGCAGGAACAGAGCACCACGAGAAAUACUUUACUUAUGCUAAAGCAAUAAUUCUGGGAAAUAAAAGGUCCUGUGUUCCAUUCCCUCCAGGUGGCAGCAGGAACCAGUCACCAUC